UAAUUUGAUGGAUUUUGCCUACUCUUUUCUGAAUAAUUUUUUUUUCUUACAAACUUUUAUGUUUGGUAAUGGUUUAGACUGUUUCAUAGGAAAGAUACGAUUUUUUUAAUUAAAUUUUCAGGUGGAUUUCGCACGUUGAAGUUCGAAAUGGGAAAUUUUGUUUCGAUCUUGGAAACGAUGAAUUCGUAUGGAUUUAAUUUUUGGGGAAUUAUAUGGGCCUUAUUCUGUUUUUGCACUUUGGCGGAUAUUGAGGAGCAGCCCCUUUCAAAAAUUGCCAUUCAUAAGACUACAUUGGCUUUGAAUUUCUCAGCUCGUAUCAGCGCCUCUCCUUUGGUUCUCGGGACUGAGGGUCAAUCAAUUGAGUGGGUUACUGUCAAAUACACACACCCAGAUCCAUCAAAUGAUGACUGGAUAGGGGUAUUUUCUCCAGCAAAUUUCAGUGCCGCAGAAUGCCAACCAGAUACUGGUAAGGAAUAUGAACCGCUGUUAUGCACCGCUCCCAUCAAGUAUCAGUUUGCAAAUUAUAAAAAUGAUGAUUACAUCAGAACUGGAAUGGGAUAUCUGAAGCUUCAAUUGAUCAAUCAAAGGGCGGAGUUCUCUUUUGCGUUAUUCUCUGGUGGUCUUUCAAAUCCAAAGCUUAUUGCUGUCUCUAACAUCAUCAGUUUUGCAAAUCCAAAAGCUCCUGUAUUUCCUCGGAUAGCUCAAGGGAAAUCUUGGAAUGAAAUGGUAGUCACUUGGACAAGUGGUUAUAGUUCUGAAGAGGCAGUCCCAUUUGUUGAAUGGGGUGAACUAGGAGGAACCCAAAGACGGUCACCAGCAGGGACUUUAACUUUCACUAGGAACAGCAUGUGUGGUUCACCUGCAAGAACAGUGGGAUGGCGUGAUCCUGGUUUUAUCCACACAAGUUCUCUGAAAGAUCUGUGGCCUAAUUUAGUGUAUGCCUACAAGCUUGGGCAUCGACUGUUCAAUGGAACUUAUAUUUGGAGCCAAUCAUACACCUUCAAGGCAUCUCCCUACCCUGGACAAACUUCUCUUCAGCGUGUGGUUAUUUUUGGUGACAUGGGAAAGGCGGAGGCAGAUGGUUCCAACGAGUAUAACAAUUACCAGCCAGGCUCUCUUAAUACAACAUAUCAAAUUACUAGGGACUUGGAAAAUAUUGACAUAGUUUUUCAUAUUGGUGACAUAUGCUAUGCAAAUGGUUAUCUGUCACAAUGGGAUCAAUUCACAGCUCAAGUUGAGCCAAUUGCUUCUGCUGUGCCUUAUAUGAUUGGAAGUGGCAAUCAUGAGCGGGAUUGGCCUGAGACUGGAUCUUUCUAUGGCAACAAGGACUCUGGUGGAGAAUGUGGGGUAUUAGCUGAAACUAUGUUUUAUGUUCCAGCUGAGAAUACACAAAAGUUCUGGUAUAAAACAGAUUUUGGCAUGUUUCGCUUCUGCAUCGCUGAUACUGAGCAGGACUGGAGACCGGGCACCGAACAAUACAAAUUUAUUGAGCAUUGCCUGUCUACAGCAGAUAGAGAAAAACAACCGUGGCUUAUCUUUCUGGCACAUAGGGUGCUUGGUUAUUCUUCUGGAUAUUUUUAUGGCAUUGAAGGAACCUUUGAGGAACCAAUGGGAAGGGAGAGCCUUCAAGAACUUUGGCAGAAGUAUAAGGUUGACAUUGCCAUGUACGGUCAUGUUCACAACUACGAAAGAACAUGCCCAGUUUACCAGAAUGCAUGUGUACGUGAAGCUUCGCACCAUUAUGACGGGUCUUUUGUAGCAACUACCCAUGUUGUCGUUGGAGGUGGAGGCUCAGGUCUUGCUGAAUUUACCCCUCUUCGGACUCGAUGGAGUUUCUUCCAAGACUAUGAUUUUGGGUUUGUGAAAUUAACUGCUUUCAACAAGACAACCCUGUUGCUUGAGUAUAAGAAAAGCAGAGACGGGAUGGUCUAUGAUUACUUCACGAUAACACGGGAUUAUCGUGACAUAUUGGCGUGCGCCGUUGAGAGCUGCUACACACAAACCUUGGCAACUUGAGCCAAUAUGCUUGAAACCAGUGAUGUCUUAAUCUGAAGACUUUCGACAGUGUUCGUAUGUAUAUACGAAGGAGAAAGCAAAUGGUUCACAAGAAAUUCUAUGUUUCCAUACCCUGCAAUAAACUGCUUAAAACUGUGAUUCUUGAAUGACUGGACUUGUGGAGGCUUGAGCAAAUAUGCUUCAAUGAUGUUAUAGUAUCGAUCACAACUUGUCAAAAGAAACAGAAAAAAUAAAGUUAUUGAGAAUGUUAUAAUAUCGAUCACAACUUGUCAAAAGAAACAGAAAAAAUAAAGUUAUUGAGAAUGUGACAGUUUCCAUUGCAUGUGUAUUAUUAUUUUUUUAAUGGAUAAGUGAAAUAUUUUACUAAAA